AUGAAUAUUGAAUACCUUUUAUUACAUUUUUGUUAUGUGGUCGUCGUUAUCAGCGCUGCUGUUGGUCGGUCAUUACCGACGGUAGAUUUGGGUUACGCCAUUCAUCAAGGCACAAUCAACUCUACAGGGUCAUAUUACAAUUUCUCGAAUAUUAGAUACGGUCAAGCACCAGUCGGGCCUCUGCGGUUUUCCGCUCCUCUCGCUCCUGAAGGCCGCAACACCACGAUAAAUGAUGGACAGCGAGCAGUCAUCUGUCCUCAAGCAGACCCAUUCUGGUUAUCGAAUCAAUUGCAAUUUUUCACCUCGCUCCUAACUGGCCAGGACGUCACGAGGUUCAUAUUUCCGCCAGCAUCGAAUGGAACAACUAAUUUCAACAUUUCGUCUCUUCCACAGCCCAGCUCCGAGACCUCAGAAGACUGCCUGUUCCUUGACGUUAUAGUCCCCGAAUCCAUUUUCAAAACCGGUCAAGAAUUUGGAAGCGAUCGAGGUCCCUGGAGUGUGGAAUGUGAGGUCGGAAAACCAUGUCGGGAGCGAUCAACUCAAGGUGCACCUGUGAUGGUUCAAAUAUAUGGCGGUGGAUAUACCGCAGGAGACAAAGUUAGUGUAGGAAACCCAGCUGGCUUGAUCGCUAGGAGCGAAGAGAAUGGAAGCGAAGGUAUAAUCUAUGUCGCUUUGAAUUAUCGUCUAGGUCUUUUCGGAUGGCUUUCCGGAGAUCCAGAUGUAACUGCAAACGCGGGUCUUCUUGAUCAACGACUAGCGCUUGAUUGGGUGCAAAGCAAUAUCCAUCUCUUCGGUGGUGAUCCAAACCGUGUGACCGUUUUUGGAGAAUCAGCCGGCGCAGGAUCAAUCAUGCAUCAUAUCACUUCAUAUGGUGGUAAAGGAAGUGUGCCUUUCCAGCAAGCAAUUCCCCAAUCACCCGGGUUCUUUCCCUAUACCCCAAGCGAGACCACCGACAUCUUCUCAAGCGUUUUGGGCAAUGCCUCCUUGAUUGUCCAGAAGACAGUCAACACUACCGACGAACUCCGGGCUUUGUCUUUCGAAAACUUGUACAACCUCAACUCGCUAGUCGUGGGCCAGUCACCCUACGGACAGUUCACAUUUGGACCUGUGGUCGACGCUUCACCUGAUUCUUAUGUCCCGGAUCUUCCAGGUCGUCUUCUUGCUGAAGGUAAAUUUCACAAGGUUCCCGUGCUGGUAGGUCACAACACCAACGAAGGAUUGUUGUUCACUCCGCCGUUCGUUCAAACUCAAGACAACUUCACAUCAUUCUUAGCCCAGGCUCUCCCUACUACAACGGUGGAGCAGCGCGAGGAUCUUGCGACGGAGCUAUACCCUGCUGUGUAUAACGGCACGUACGGUUACUCAAUUCCAAUUUAUAGGACAGCUCUAGCAAUCAGUGACCUAGCAUUUACCUGCAAUGCUUAUUGGCUACGAAGAACCAUGAAAACGAGCUAUGGAUAUCUAUUCUCGGUACCACCAGGGUUACACGGCCAAGAUAUUCCAUUCACGUUUUUCAAUGGAGACACGAGUACGCUCAAUGACGGAGUGCCAGUAAACGAAACUGUUGCUAUCGGGCUACAGAGGUAUCUCACAUCCUUUGCAAUUACUGGGAUUCCGAAAGGAAUAGAGUUGUAUAGUGAAGCAGGCAAUGUGACGAACGUCAAUGUCACCGCUACGGGGACUCAACUUAGGGAUCCAGCGGCUCGAAGUCAAUGUGAGUUCUGGCAAGCCGCACCAUAUUACAUACAGUGA